CACACGCAGUUUCUCAAAACCGGAAAAAUAAAAAAAGAGCGGGAGCGAGUUCAAUUUCCCACCCGCUUCACUUCAAUCUUCUCAUUUCCUCUUUCAAAUUCCUCCAACUCGCUAACCUAACUCAACUCACUCACCGAUUCCAUGCUUCGCGAACUCACAGUACUCGGAGAGUUCAAGCCGUACGGCUUAAUAGCUGAAGCUCUCGACGGCAAGCCUGACGAUACCAAUGUCGCCGCCGAUAAGUACGACUACUUCCUCUUUGACCCCGAAAUCGUCCGAGACCAAUGCGAACUCAACGAUUCCGAUAUUUCCGAGUCUCCUUUUAGUGAUCAGUGUGAUCACGAGCUCUUCAUUCGAGGAAACACGAUAACAUGGUCGAUAGGCUCGCGAGUUUUCAAGAGAUUCACGUCUCCCUUGCCAGUUAAAAUGGCGUGCUGGUGUCGUCUUGGCGAAACGUCCGAGGCUUUGCUUUGCGUCUUGCAAAUUGAUUCUCUAACCGUAUGCAGCAUAUCAGGCGAAUUAGUAUCCAUUCCCCUUCCCCGUACUAUUACGUCAAUGUGGCCUCUUCCAUUUGGUCUGUUACUUCAGCCAGCAGCUGAAGGAGGUACAUCAACCCAACCUACAUUCUCAUCAACAAGUCCUUUAUUAGAUGCACGUGAUAUUUUCCGCUCUCGAAAAGAUAUUGGUCAGAGUCCACAACAUAAUGUCACUUUUAUGGGUCCAUUUGAUAAUUUGAUCAAACCAGAAACAACUACAUUGUCCUCGCAUCUGAUUCUGAAGGAUUUGCUGGAAGAGCCGCAGUCAAUUUAUAUUGAAGAAAGAGGAAAAUUGAGCAUAAUAAAGGAUUUUGAUGAAAGAACAAUUUGGACAAGUGAUCAAGUUCCUCUAAUGGCUUCAUAUAACAAAGGAAAGUUGCAACAUUCGGUGUGGGUUGCUGAAGCCAUUAAUUCCAACCUUGAAGAGGAGAAUGCCAGUCCCAUUAACGAAGUUCCCGUUGGUGUAUUAUCUAAACAAUUGUCCCUUCGUAGAAUAUGGCAAGGGAAGGGUGCCCAUGCAGCUGCUUGUAAGGUAUUUCUGGCAACUGAUGAUGAUGCUGUUCCUGUUGUUUGUUUUCUUCUUCAAGAACAGAAGAAGUUGUUGUCAGUAAGGCUUCAAAGUAUUGAAAUCAAUAAUGAGAUUAUCUUUGAUGUUAAACCUGACAUGAGCUGGAGUAUUACUGCAAUUGCUGCUGCACCAGUGGCUGUAACACGACCAAGAGGGAAACUCGGACUGCUGCCAUAUUCAGAUAUCAUAGUUUUGGCCCCAGAAAACACGAUUCUCCUCUAUUCUGGGAAGCAAUGCCUGUGCAAGUAUAUGAUGCCUUCUAGUUUGGUUAAGGGUCAGACUGUGUCUGUUCACCAUGACUUAAAGAUUUUAGGGUUGGCAGAUGCUGUGAAGGGGCGUGUCAAUCUUAUAAUGAAUAAUGGGCAGAUGUUUCGAUGUGUAUUACGGAGAAGUCCAUCAUCUUCAUUGGUGAAUGAUUGUGUCACAGCAAUGGCUGAGGGGCUUAGUUCCAGCUUUUAUAAUCAUUUUCUUGUUCUUCUUUGGGGAGCAAAUGAUUCUGACUAUAUGUCAAGGGCUGAUUCUACUGUUGAGUCUGAAUGGGACUCAUUUUCUAGUGUAAUACUUAGAAUGUGUAUGAAAUCCAGUGCAGUUUCUCCGAAGCCUUCCAGAACACUUCCGCUUUCAUCUUGGGAGUUUCUUCUUAACAGCAGAUUUCACAAGAAUUAUGCAAAACUUAACUUCAUGAGUGGAUAUUUUUCUGCAACACCACCUAAUAUUGGGGAAAUUGAUUCUUCUGGACCAAAUAUGAAAGAUAAAGAAAGUCCAGAAGAAUCAUUUUAUGUUGAGCUAUUACAGGAGAGUUUGGAUGCUCUGCAUGCGCUCUAUGAAAAUUUAAAAUUGGAUACUCUUCGUAAUCAGGACUUGCAGCUUUUGGCAGUUCUGCUAUGCAAAAUUGCCAAGUUUCUUGGCCACGGAAGUUAUUUAGAUCAUUAUAUUCGUGAUUUUCCUCGUCUGCAUAAGAAAAUUGGGAUAUGUACAAAAUCACUUUCUCAAAAAACCCCCCCUAGUAUAUUUAGAUGGCUUGGCAACUGUUUACUACUUGGCUGUGAUUCUGCUAAUAAAAAUGAUCUCCCUCCUUUAAUUAUUAAGGAUGGAAGCUCUGUAGUGAGCUUGGCACAAAAGGUUGUCUCCUUCUACAGUUUAUUAUGUGGUGGUAAACAGAUAGGGAAGCAACUAUCUUCUGGUGUUUUCUGCAAUGUUUCUAUGGGAUCAUAUUGCACCUGUGAGGAGCUUACUGUAUUGGCAAUGGUUGGGGAGAGAUUUGGAUUGCAGCAGCUUGACUUAUUGCCUUCUGGCGUAUCUCUUCCUCUGAGACAUGUGUUGGACAAAUGUCGGGAAUCACCUCCUACUGACUGGCCUGCAGCUGCAUAUGUUCUUCUUGGCCGUGAAGAUCUGGCCAUGUCUUGUUUGAUGCAUUCCUGCAAAUCUAAAAAACUUGAAAUCCCAGUGAAUUUAGUUUCCAUAUCUGCACCUUACACGCUACAGAUGCAUCCUGUGAUGGUUCCUUCUACUGUUUCUGAUUCAAGCGCAUCAGAAGGUUCCAAGUUUGAAGAUGGAGAUUCUGCCGAUGGAUCAAUGAUGGACGGUAUGGAGCACAUCUUCAACUCCAGUACUAAGUUGCAGUAUGGUCGAGAUCUGCGAUGGAAUGAGGUUAGACGUCUUCUGUGCUCUGCAAAACGUGUGGCCAUCCAAACGCCCGUUAAUCCAAGUGCUUCUGAUCAGGAUUACCAUCAGGCUCAAUUGUGGCACCUGGCACAGAGAACGACUGCUCUUCCUCUAGGCCGUGGAGCAUUUACUUUGGCAACAAUAUCAACUCUUCUGACAGAGGCCUUUGCUGUCCCAAAGCUUGUUUUAGCAGGUCGGUUGCCUGCCCUACUGAAUGCAACUGUUAAUCUGGAUCCGACUACAAGAAAUAUACAAGAACUUAAAUCUUGGCCUGAGUUUCAUAAUGCUGUUGCUGCUGGACUAAGACUGGCCCCACUUCAGGGAAAAGUGUCAAGGACAUGGAUUAUGUAUAACAAACCAGAGGAACCAAAUGCUAUUCAUGCUGGACUUCUCCUUGCUUUAGGAUUACAUGGCUAUCUGCGUGUUUUAAUUAUUACCGAUAUUUACACCUAUUUCACACAGGAACAUGAGAGUACAACUGUAGGAUUGAUGCUUGGCCUGGCUGCUUCUUAUAGGGGGACAAUGCAACCGGCAGUAUCAAAAUCACUUUAUGUGCACAUACCUGCUAGACAUUCUUCCUCAUUUCCAGAUUUGGAAUUGCCAACCCUUCUGCAGACUGCAGCAUUAGUGUCCGUUGGGCUUCUGUAUGAAGGAUCGAUGCACCCACAGACAAUGCAAAUUCUUUUGGGUGAAAUGGGCCGUAGAAGCGGCGGCGACAAUGUACUUGAAAGGGAGGGCUAUGCUGUUUCUGCAGGAUUUGCACUGGGUCUCGUUGCAUUGGGUCGAGGGGAAGAUGCACUUGGUUCUAUGGACAGUUUGGUUGAUCGGUUGUUCAACUACAUUGGUGGGAAGGAAAUUCAUAAUGAAAGACCCCUUUUCUUAACACCACCAACUGAUGAGCAUAAUCGAGGCCUUGGGCAGAUGAUGGAUGGAGCAGCAGUAAAUGUUAAUGUUACUGCACCUGGAGCUAUGAUUGCAUUAGCUCUAAUGUUCUUAAAGACUGAAUCAGAGACUAUUGUAUCGAGGCUUUCUAUUCCUCAGACUCAUUUUGAUUUGCAAUAUAUGAGGCCUGACUUUAUUAUGCUUCGAGUCAUUGCCCGGAAUUUGGUAUCAUGGAGCAGGGUGCAUCCUUCCAAAGAUUGGAUUCUCUCCCAGAUUCCUGAGAUAGUCAGAAAUGGUGUCGAAAACCUUGGGGAUGACACUAGUGAUAUUGAUGAAAUGGAUGCGGAAACCUUUGUCCAGGCAUAUGUAAAUAUAGUGACUGGAGCAUGUAUCUCCCUAGGUUUGAGAUUUGCUGGUACAAGGGAUGGAAAUGUGCAGGAAUUACUCUAUGGAUAUGCUGUUUACUUCCUAAACGAGAUUAAGCCUGUUUCUGCUACAAGUGCUAAUACUUCUGUUAAGGGACUGUCUCGUUAUAUUGACAGGGGAACGUUGGAAAUAUGCCUUCAUCUCAUCGUUCUCUCCUUAUCUGUGAUUAUGGCUGGUUCUGGACAUCUACAAACUUUUAGAUUACUAAGAUUCCUUUGGGGCCGUUGCUCAGCAGAUGGUCAUGCUAAUUAUGGUAUUCAAAUGGCAGUGAGCUUGGCAAUUGGUUUCUUGUUUCUUGGGGGAGGAACACGGACAUUUUCAACGAGCAACAAUUCUAUUGCUGCUUUGCUAAUUACUCUCUACCCACGCUUGCCUACUGGACCAAAUGAUAACCGCUGCCACCUUCAGGCAUUUAGGCAUCUAUAUGUUCUUGCGACAGAGGCUCGCUGGAUUCAGACUGUUGAUGUUGACAGCGGUCUACCUGUUUAUGCCCCUCUUGAAGUUACCAUAAGGGAAACUGAAAAUUAUGCAGAAACAAGUUUUUGCGAAGUUACUCCAUGUAUUUUGCCUCAACGUGCUAUUUUGAAGAGCUUACGCGUUUGUGGUCCUAGGUAUUGGCCUCAAGUGGUGGAGCUUGUCCCUGAAGAUAAACCGUGGUGGAGUUUUGGGGACAAGAAUGAUCCAUUUAAUUCUGGUGUUCUCUACAUCAAACGGAAGGUCGGAGCUUGUUCGUAUGUUGAUGAUCCCAUUGGGUGUCAAUCACUAUUGUCAAGAGCAAUGCACAAGGUAUUUGGUUUGACAAGUACAAGGGCAAGUAAUCCGGUUGUCAGUGGCAACAACGGAAUGGCUGCUGUUACAGUUGAUCAGUUAGUGAGUACCUUCUCUUCUGAUCCAAGCUUAAUUGCCUUUGCACAACUUUGUUGCGAUCCGUCUUGGAAGAGCAGAUCUGAUGUUGAUUUCCAGGAAUUCUGCUUGCAAGUAUUGUAUGAGUGCAUUAGCAAGGACAGGCCGGCUCUUUUACAGGUUUAUUUGUCAUUAUAUACUACGAUUGACUCCAUGGUCGACCAGGUUACUAGUGGUACUUUAAUUUUUCGAGACUCGCUCACUGUUUCUAAUAUGAAGCUUGCACUGACGUACAAUGAGGCUCUUUUGAGUGGAAGGUUGACAUCUUCAAAAGGUGGCGUUAUUCAGUCGAUCUUUCUAGGGUCUCUUGGGAAACGAUUAGAAGUCCUCCUAGAUAUUUCCGAGGGAAUGAAAAAUGAUUUAGGCUGCUAUUUGAAUUCAGCAAGAUGGCCUGAUGGUGGAACACAUGGAGAGAAGAAUUUAAUACUUCUUUCCUGGUAUCUCCAAUGGUUCGGGGUCCCAGCUCCAUCUAUGAUCUGGAUGGCAAGAGAGAAACUGAAGCCCAAGCUUCUUUCAUCAUCUUCAGUUCCAUUUUUGCGCUUAUUAUUCCCGACCACUCACAUCAAUGCCAUUGGUGAAAUCGAUAAGUUAUUGUUUUCUUCUCAAGUGAGCAGAUGAGGUCUUUCAGAACAGCAUUAUCUUGUGCAGUUGGGUUAUUAUUAUAACAUAAUUUAUGGGUAACUGCCGAAAUUGUACAUCCUUUAAAAGUUCAACAUUAGGAAUCACUCUCAUGACGAGGAAAGAGCAGGACCUAAGUUAUAUUACUUGACAUCUUCUGCAUUGAAACAUUAGUCAAUUUUGUAAAGUUUCACUAGCUGCAUCAGAUACCGAGAUCAAGCGUCGUAAAAAGUGGAACCCGUGCAUUCCUUAUCAAUCUUCUGGUAAUAAGCUGGGAAAUGAACAGACCGGCCUAUUGAAGAUCUACCAGUCUGCAUGUGGCAAUGUCUUUUCUAAUACUACAUUGUGCAGUUGUAAGAUGUAAAUGUGAAUGCUUGUCUGAUGUGUCCUAAUAAAUCAUUAUGUAUUUCCAUUAUGGAUUUUGUUUAUUAAAAUGUAUUCUGUUGCUGAAAAAGAAAAAGGAAAUGAUUCUAAUAAGUAGGAUUAGGAGUGCUGUGACCGAGUGCAUAGAGCAAUUCAUUUGAUGUAUUAGGAAACCUCAAAUUGUGAGUUUAUAUUGAAUUUAUCAUCAAUUAACAUUUAUUUUUUAA